AUGGCGUGGAUUAGCGGUUUGCACUGGACAGCGUGGUGUGGUCUCAUUACGGUGCUGUGGGCAGGUGAUGCAGCCGCGCAGGUUUUUGACAGCUAUGGAUUAUCCUACGCGUUUCGCACCGAGUUAUCAGAGGAUACGAUACUGGUGGCGAACAACGGUUUACGCGUGCCAUUCGGGAGAUCCGUCUUUAUUGAUCCCAUUAACCAUCUGGUGAUUCAAGUGCAACCUAGGGAUAGGUGCAGCAUUACAGUUUUGGACAAAGAUCCGUUGUCCCAGAGACCCGGGGAACUGUCUCCUAAAAAGUUUCCAUGCGAAUUUGGGCCAAACGAUGUCAAAUAUUCGCACUUCGGGUCAAGGAGUCCUUCGAGGGACAGAGUCAGAUUACAACUCAGGUAUGACACGCAAAUUGAUACUAUAAUAAUCCCGUUUAUGAUUGAAGUUGAAGUAGUAUUCACUCAGCUGGAAGUGUUGACCAAAAAUCUACCGCUGACUGUUGAGAGACUACUUGGCACCAGUAACCCUAUUGACAAAAGAAUAUUGGAAUUUACAUUUGACAGAGCCACGCAACAAUGCAAAAUUGUUUCUCUUUCAAGUGGCAGUGUGCUACCCAGGUACGGCAAACUUGAGGAGAAGGACAGCCUGGGAAGCAUGGUGAACUGCGAUGAUUUUAUUAACAAGAAUGUUCGCUAUCAGCACACUUUUGCUUUGAAGUCUCCCAAUAGAGAUUAUAUUCCCAUGCUGUUGGAGUUAUAUGAUAAGGAAGGCAAUUUGCUCAAGCAGGAGUCCUUCCAAAUUCUGGUGCGGAUUAAAGAGGGGCAGGACAACACUGCUCCUAAACCAAGCUUUGUGGCUAUGAUGAUAAUGGAAGUAGACCAGUUUGUCAUGACAGCCAUCACCAUGGAUAUGCUGGCAGCAGAGGAUAAAGAAUCUAAUCCAGAUGAGCUAAUUUUCAACAUUACGUCACCUUUGUCCUUUGAGGAGGGUUACAUAGUGAGUACAGAUGAUAGGAAUUUACCAAUAAACUCAUUCUACCAAGGAGACCUAAAAGCCUUAAAAAUCGCCUACAAGCCCUCCGCUGUGGACUCGGAUGCGGAGCGAAUUUUUCAAAUUGAGUUUGAGGUUGUGGACACAGAAGGAGCUGUGUCGGAUCCUUUCGCUUUUAUGAUAGUGGUUAAGCCUAUGAACAGUUUAGCGCCAGUUGUAACUAGGAAUACAGGGCAGUUACUGUACGAAGGGCAGUCCAGAUCACUUUCAAGUUCUCAGAAUUUGGAAAUUAGCGACGAGAAUAACUUAGAUAACGUUAAAAUUACAGUUAUUGAUGGUUUGAGGCAUGGACUUUUAACAGUCCUUGGUUCCAGGAGAAAAUUUUUCACUCCAGCUGACCUUGAUGCUGGAAUUGUGAUUUACCAACACGAUGGUAGCGAUACAUACAGCGAUAAUAUAAUUUUCCGAAUGACAGAUGGCACUAACGAAGUAGAAUUUUUAUUUCCGAUUACUGUUGUUCCAACCGAUGAUGAGCCCCCAAUUAUCAGUGCUAAUACUGGAUUGGUUUUAUUCAAAAAUCAAAUGAUGCCCAUCUCGUCACUAAUGCUAAGUUCGGCAGAUAUAGACUCGGAAGAUUCGAAAAUUAAAUUUGUAAUAGAAACACCGUUUUCCACAAUUGGGGAGGUUCUUUUGCGCCAAGCCGAAGCACCUGAAGAUCCGUCAACGUGGCGGUUUAAUACUGACGAUGAGAUGUACGAGAAAGUAGUUACAGAAUGGUUACAGCAAUAUAUCAUGGAUGGAAAACUAUAUUAUAAACAUACGGGCCCGCAUAGUACAAGUACAGUGAUCGAUCAGUUUGUUUUUAGGGUUCAAGAUGAUAAUGACCCUCCCAACCAAUCAGAUCAAAGUUCAUUUAUUAUCAAAAUUAUCCCUGUUGAUGAUUUGCCACCAGAGCUGUAUUCCGGCACCACUUUGCAAAUGACUGUACAUGAGUAUCAGCUAACUUACUUUCGCAAAAAAUUCUUACGCUACAGUGAUUUGGAUUCUGAGGAUAGAGAUCUUAAGUAUACAAUUGUACAAGCUCCAACAGAUACGGACGAGAAUAACCCAGUUGUAUUAGGAACAUUAGUAUUGACAGAACAGCCCAACACUGAAGUGCUAACUUUUACCCAGGCGCAAAUCAACCACCAUAAAAUAGCAUACAAGCCACCAGAUUUGGAACUUGGAAUUACCACACGUAUUUUGCAGUUUAAGUAUAUUGUCGAAGAUAUAUCUGGAAAUCAUGCUGAGGGAGUAUUUACAAUUUUUUUGAAGCCCGUGGAUAACAAGCCACCUCAAAUAACAAAUUCUGGGUUUACUUUGCUUGAACGUGGAACACACAUUAUAUCAAGUGCAGAGCUAUACACUACGGACACAGACACAGAUAGCAAAGAAAUAUUAUUUACUAUUACCCAACCUCCAACGCAUGGACAUAUUCAGUAUACAUUCAUAGACAUGACAAAGGGAGACACUUUUAUCCUUGACGAUAUUGAAACAGGAAAAAUUUCAUAUACUCACAAUGGUGACGAAUCAACCGCAGAUUCCAUAAUUUUAGAUGUAAGCGAUGGUGUCCAUGUUGUUCCGAUUACGAUCAAAAUUUAUGCAAAACCAAUUGACGAUGAAGUUCCAACUAUCGCUCUCCCACCCGGCACUAUUGGUUCAACAAUGGAAGUUCUUGAAAAUGGUGCAACAGAAAUUACAAAUAAUGUUAUUCAAGGUCAAGAUGAGGAUACAGAUGAUCUAAGACUGACUUUUAUUGUUGAGGAUCCUCCAUUGCUAGGACAGAUUCUGGUUAGGGGGGUUGCUGCUAGCAAAUUUACACAAGCAGAUAUUAUUAAUGGUUUUGUAGUGUAUGCGCAUACGAGUGGUGAAAUCGGCAUCAUGACAAAAGAGGACUAUUUUAAUCUAACUUUGACAGACAUGUCGGAUGAAUGGACUGUGGGUGGGAAUAAAAUUACUGGGGUCAGAGUCCACGUUACUAUUCUUCCGUUGGACAGUCAGGCUCCGGAAGUGUUUGUUGUUGAACGCUACUCUGUUAUCGAAGGUGAGAAAAGUCCAAUUGAAAGCAUUCACAUACAGGCCAACGAUGUGGACACCCUUAUCGACGAUCUUCUUUGCACAAUCAUAGUCCAGCCAACAUCCGGUUAUGUGGAAAACAUCUCACCUGCUCCGGGGUCAGAAAGAUCCAGAUCAGGCACAGCCAUAAGUGCAUUCACCAUCAAGGACAUCAAGCGGAGUCACAUAUACUACGUUCAAAGCAUUCACAAAGGUGUAGAGCCUGUAGAGGACAGGUUUACUUUCAGAUGUUCAGAUGGCAUAAAUUUUUCCGAGAGACGGUUUUUCUCCAUUUCCAUAAUUCCAUCUAAUGAUGAGAAGCCAGAGAUUUACAUGAGAGAGUUUGUAGUGAUGGAAGGUAUGAAUGUAGUCAUAGACACUCCGAUUCUCAAUGGGGCCGACGCGGAUUUCCCCUUGGAUCAGCUUACUUUCAUUGUCAGCAAACCCCCCAAGCAUGGAUUUAUUCUCAAUCAACUCACUACUGGUACUGUUCCCGUCUUCAACUUCACCUUGGAUAAGAUAAAAGAGGCAUCCAGUAUUCUGUAUGAGCACGAUAACUCUGAAACCAUUGAGGACAGCUUUGAUGUAAUUCUCACGGAUGGAAAGUUUAGCAUUGAAAAGACUGUUAUUGUCAUGGUGAUCCCGGUAGAUGAUGAAACGCCUAGAAUGGCUAUUAACAACGGGCUUGAAAUUGAAAUAGGAGGAGUAAAAGUGAUCACCAACAAUGCUUUAAAAGCGACUGACCUAGAUUCCGAAGAUGGCACAUUGAUUUAUGUUAUCCGAUAUGGGCCCGGGCAGGGAUACUUACAGACAACAACCCCAUAUGGAACGUUUCAAAAUCUCUCUGUCGGAAUGAACUUCACGCAAAAUGAUAUUGACCUUGGCACUAUUGUUUACAUCCAUAACGGCCAAGAGGGAAUUCGUGAUUUAAUCAAAUUUGAUGUUACGGAUGGAAUAAAUCCAUUGAUUGACAGGUACUUUUAUGUAACAGUGGGUGGUAUUGACAUGGUGUUCCCAGAUGUUGUCAGUAAAGGUGUAUCCCUAAAAGAAGGCAGUAGAGUUACGUUAACGACAGAUCUGCUUAGCACUACGGAUUUGAAUAGCCCAGAUGAGCAUUUAGUUUUCACAAUCACCAGAGCGCCAAUGAGGGGACACUUGGAAUGCACGGAUAAACCGGGAUUGCCAAUAUCGUCCUUUACUCAACUUCAGCUAGCCGGUAACAAAGUGUACUACAUCCAUACAGCUGACGAUGAAGUUAAAAUGGAUAGUUUUGAAUUUGAGGUGACCGAUGGCUAUAACCCUGUCUUCAGAACGUUCCGCAUUUCCGUAACUGAUGUAGACAACAAAAAGCCAGUUGUCACAGUACACGGCUUGGUUGUAACGGAAGGUGCAAACAAGCUAAUCACACCAUUUGAGCUAACAAUUGAAGAUGGAGACACUUCUGAUCGACUUUUAAAAUUCACUGUAACUCAAGUCCCAGUUCAUGGAAAGCUACUUUUUAACAACACUAGAUCAGUCAACACUUUUACCAAGCAAGAUCUAAAUGAAAAUAUGAUUAGCUACAAGCAUGACGGUACAGAAAGUGUGGAAGAUAGCUUUUCAUUCACAGUUACAGAUGGCACUCACAUGGACUUUUACAUUUUCCCCGAUACCGUAUUUGCAACACGUAAGCAACAAGUGAUGAAAAUUACAGUGCUACCUGUGGACAAUGGUGUGCCACAAAUUGUGGUGAAUAAAGGCGCUACUACACUUAAAGUUCUGGAGAGUCGACAUCUUGGGUUUGUCUUCACCAGUAAGACUCUCAAAGUGGAGGAUAGAGACAGUUUGCAGAAUGCUGUGAUUUUCCAAGUGACUACCCCACCACUGCAUGGAUACCUGAUCAACCACGGAAAAGGGAAUGCUACUAUUACAAGCUUCACGCAAGCGGACAUCGACGACAUGAGGAUCUGGUAUAUUCUGAGACAUGGAGAAAAUUCCACCAGUGACAUCUUCUCUUUCUCAAUUGAGGACAGUGGGGGAAACCGUGUGAAGCACCACCACUUCCGGCUACACUGGGCCUGGGUCUCUCUGGAGCAGCCUCAGUACGUGGUGCAGGAGGAGGCCAAGUUCCUGGAGGUUGUGCUCAAACGCAGAGGCUAUCUUGGGGAGACUUCCUUUGUCAGUAUCGGCACCAGAGAUGGCACAGCUGUGAAGGAUCAGGACUUCCGUGGUAAGGCCCAGAGACAGGUUCAGUUUAACCCAGGCCAGAGCAGUGCUGUGUGGAGGGUGAGGAUCCUGCCCGACCUGGAGUACGAAGUGUCGGAAGAUUUCCACAUUGUGUUGUCUGAGGCGGUCAUGGCUGUGCUGGAGUAUCCCCAGGAGGCCACUGUGCAGAUACUUGACCCAGAGGAUGAAUCAACAGUCUAUAUCCCAUCUGCAGUCUACAACAUCGAGGAAGACAUUGGGGAGCUGUUUAUUCCUGUGCGGAGGAGCGGAGAUAUCAGCCAAGAGCUCAUGGUUGUCUGUUACACACAACAAGUGACGGCCACAGGCACUGUGCCCACCACCGUGCUGUCAUACUCUGACUACAUCUCCAGGCCCGAGGAUCAUCACAGCCUUCUGCGCUUUGACCGGGGCGAGGAGGAGAAGCCCUGUCGAGUGAUGAUCAUUGAUGACUCCCUAUAUGAGGAGGAGGAGAGCUUCAACAUCAGCCUGAGAAUGCCCAUGGGAGGAAAGCUCGGGCACCAGCACCCGAGCACAUGUGUCAACAUAGUGCCUGAUAUGGAUGACGCUCCUAUCUUCUAUCUGGGCAACACAGACUACUAUGUGGAUGAGAGUGAUGGUUUUGUGGAGGUGCAGGUGUGGAGGACUGGCACAGACCUCUCCAGCUCAGGCAGUGUUACAGUGCACUCGCGAAGGACCAACCCGGUGUCUGCGGAGGCGGGUGUGGACUACAUGGGAAUCAGCCGGAACCUGGACUUCGCUCCGGGGGUGAUGGUGCAGAGGGUGCGGGUGGCCGUCCUGGAUGACCUGGGCCACCCGAUGCUUGAGGGGCCUGAAAGUUUUGAGCUGGUGCUGAGGAUGCCCAUGAAUGGUAUCCUGGGCCAGCCAAGCAAGUCCACUGUGAUCAUUAACGACUCCAUCUCUGACUUGCCUGAGAUGCAGUUUGGUGCGGCGCUGUACACUGCGUCAGAGAGCUCCGGGCAGGUGUCCAUUUCUGUGCUCCGCUCUGGAGACCUGAGCUACAGGUCCACUGUGCGCUGUUACAGUCGCCAGGGCUCUGCUCAGGUCAUGAUGGACUUUACAGAGAGACCCAACACGGAUGUUUCCAUCAUCACCUUCCUACCAGGAGAGCGAGAGAAACCCUGUGUCCUGGAGAUCAUAGAUGACACUGAGUAUGAGGAGGAGGAGGAGCUGAGGCUGGUGUUGAGCAGUGCCAGGAGCCAGUCUCCCUUUGGGGCAUCUGUGGGCAAACAGAAUGAAAUACUCAUCAAGAUCAAAGACGACUCAGACAAGUCCAUUAUCCAGUUUGGAGAGACUAAGUUUAGUGUGAGCGAGCCCCGGGAGAGUGGUCAAGUGUCAGUGCUGAGGGUCCCAGUGCAGCGCCUCGGGGACACCUCCAAAGUGUCUGUGGUCAGGGUCCACACCAAGGAUGGCUCAGCCACCUCUGGAGAGGAUUAUCACCCCAUAUCACAAAAAAUUGUAUUCCAAGAUGGCGAGAUGGUGCACUACGUGGAGGUGGAGGUUCUGUACGACGGGUUGAGAGAGAUGAGAGAGGCCUUCACUGUGCACCUGAGGCCAGACGAGAACAUGGUCGCAGAGACAAAGUUGAGUAAAGCCAUCAUCUACAUCGAGGAGUCCAACAGCAUAGCAGAUGUGACCUUCCCCUCAGUGCCCAGAGUGGUGUCCCUGCUCCGAUAUGAUGACACUGACAGCUCCAGGGACCAGAGCCCUCCCGCAGGGUACCCCGUCAUCUGUGUCACGGCCUGUAACCCCAAAUACCCAGACUUUGACAAAACAGGCUCCAUCUGUGUGAGCGAAAGCAUCAACAACACUCUGACCCGGUACCGCUGGCUCGUGAGUGCCCCCACUGGUCGGGACGGCGUCACUAGCCCCAUGAGGGAGGUGGACUUCAACACGUUCUUUACCUCGUCCAAGCUUAUCACCCUGGACUCGGUGUACUUCCAGAUGGGCUCCCGGGUGCAGUGCGCAGCCCGCGCAGUGAACGCAGAUGGGCAGGAAGGGUUGGAACUGAGCAGUCCCAUAGUCACCAUAAGUCUGGAGGAAGGGAUGUGCCAGUCACGUGUGCCCGGAGCAGUGGGCGCAGAACCCUUCUCUGCCCGCCUCAGGUACACCGGAGCAGAGGACCCUGAGCACCUCAACCUCAUCAAACUCACGGUCACCAUGCCACACAUAGACGGUAUGCUGCCUGUAGUGUCCACUCGACCGCUGUCUAACUUUGAGCUGACCCUGAGCCCAGACAGUGCCCGUGUGGGGAACCAUCGUUGCUCCAACCUUCUGGACCACACAGAGGUCACUACACGCCAUGGCUUUCUCACCCCGGCCACUAAGAACCCGGAGAUCAUUGGUGAGACCGCUCCCUACCAGUAUAGCCCAGCACUGCGGGGGGCCAGCACGCUCAGGUUCUACAGGAACCUCAACCUGGAGGCCUGUCUGUGGGAGUUCAGUAGCUACUACGACAUGUCUGAGCUGCUCAGCGACUGUGGGGGAACCAUCUCUACUGAUGGACAGGUGCUGAACCUGGUGCAGUCCUACGUGACCCUGCGUGUCCCCUUACAUGUAUCCUAUGUCUUCCAUUCUCCGGUGGGGGCAGGUUGUUGGCAGCAUUUUGACCUGCAGUCUGAGCUCCGCCUCACCUUUGUGUACGACACCGCUAUCUUGUGGAGAGAUGGCAUUGGCAGUCCCCUAGAGGCUGAGCUGCAGGGAGCGCUUUACCCCACCAGCAUGAGGAUCAACGCACAGGGCUGCCUGGUGGUAAACUUCAGAACUGAGGCUCGCUUCAGAGGCCUUUUUGUCUACUCACAUGGAGCAUCCCCAUUGACAUCCAUGGUGAUGUGUUCGGAUCACCCUGGUUUGACCUUUAAACUGUCCCUGGUGAGAAGCGAGCCCACCUACAACCAGCCUAUCCAGCAGUGGACCUUUGUGUCGGACUUUGCAGUGCGGGACUACUCAGGAACCUACACGGUGAAGCUGGUCCCCUGCACAUCCCCUCCCAGCCUGGAAUACACCCUCCCCCCUGUUUGCAACCCCCGAGAGCCAGUGACCUUUGACCUGGACAUACGCUUCCAACAAGUGAGUGACCCUGUAGCAGCAGAGUUCAGCCUGAACACUCAGCUCCUGUUACUAUCUAAGAGAAUGCUGUGGCUCUCGGACGGGUCUAUGGGCUUUGGGCAGGAGAGUGACACCGCCUUCUCUCAAGGUGAUGUGAUCUAUGGGCGUGUGAUGGUGGACCCCGUGCAGAACCUGGGCGACUCGUUCAUUUGUAACAUAGAAAAGGUGUACCUGUGCACUGGGGCGGAUGGAUAUGUGCCUAAGUACAACCCCACACAGGGGGAAUUUGGCUGCUUGGCUGAUGCACCCUCACUUCUCUACAGUUUCAAAAUCAUUGACAAGGCCCAGCCGGAGACCCAGGCCAGCUCCUUUGGCAGUGUGGCGUUCAAUGCCCUGCUGGCAGUUGACGAUCCUGGAGCUCUGCCUCUGGUCCGACAGCCGGGAUCAGAUGGCUUCAAGAUGGACUCCACGGCUCUGUUCCAGGUUUCUGCCGGUCGUGAGUGGUACAUCCACACCAUUUACACCGUGCGCUCCCGGGAAAUUGCCAACCGUGGCAUCGGGAAGAGGAGCCUGAAAUACCACCAUGCCUUCUCCCACCAUUCCCACUCCUCAUCCCCCUACCACAACCACUCCCACAACAACCACCUUCUUUCCAAACGCUCCACCCGUGACAUUCCAGACAUUGUAGAUCAAAUCGGAGAGUCCAACAACCGUGGCACGAACAUCCUCCAUAUCGCUCUGGAUCGCAGCGGCCAAGUCCAAACCAGCUUGGAGAAGGAAGUUUUAAGUAAAGGGAUAAUUCCGAGAGAUGUUAGCCAAAAGAGCAAUAGUGAUGACAAGGUAGUGCUAAUUGUUGGCGUUCUAGUGGGGCUGCUGCUAACGGUGCUUAUAAUAAUUUUGGUGGUUUUACUGGUAAGGUCCAAACAAGGUCAAAAGGACAGGCCUAAAAUCUCAAUUAGUGCAGAACCAAUGGUGAUGCAAGGAGGCAAUGAUAGUUCGGAAGUUUGAGAGACAAGAU